UCUUCCCUUCCACUCUUCCUUCGAGUCUAAUCCCGUUUCUUCCCUCGUCCAACUCCCAACUUCCGCUCUCCCGCACUUCACAUCACCUUUGCUCCGGCUUUCUUGCCGCCCGCGGGCCGCCGUUGAACUCGACAAGAAGGAAGAAGCCAAGCACUCCACGGAACCUCCCACCACAAGCCGAGAGAUUCCAGAGGGAACCUUUGGCUCCAAAAACCCCAGAAGAGAAGCCAAGAAAUCGAAAGGAGGGAUAGUAGUAGUAGUACUGCAGUAGCAGCCAGCCAUGGUGAGGAGCAAAGAGAUGCCCAAGAGGCCCAAGGACCCGCUCAUGACCCCUCCGUCCAAGCCCAGGGGCUUCAGGGACGACGACGGCGGCGGCUUCGGCGGCAGCCUGCCGAGGAACCGCGGCGGCGCGGCUAUGUCCCCGGCGCCGGCCUCCGUGCCCAACUACAUGCGGGCCACCAGCAGCUCCGGCGCCAAGGCCGGGCCCGGGCGGCGCGCGGGGGCGGUGCCCUCGUCGGCGUCGCCCGCGACCAGGCGGGGGCCGCUGCGGACGGUCACGAGCGGGAGGGUGCUGUUCCCGACGCCGGAGGUGCCCGGCAUGGUCCGCGCCACGCCCACGUGCUCCUCCACCAUGAAGGAGGCCAAGUUCCCCGGCGCGCUCGACCUGGCGCCCGGGGCCACCGACGCCCAGGGCCCCGCGGCGAUGCGCGUGUGCCCGUACAACUACUGCUCCCUCAACGGCCACACCCACUCGCCGGCGGUGCCGCUCCGGAGCUUCCUCGCGUCGCGCCGCCGGCUCAUCAAGACGCAGCAGAGCAUGAAGCACAAGGGCGUCUCGGCGUUCCGCAAGGGAUCCGGCCACCAGAGGCCGGAGGACAAGAACGGCGGCCCCGUCGUCCGCGCCGCCGUCGCCAAGGCCGCGCCUCUGGUCGACGAGGAGGCGCUCGGCGACUUCUUCGUGGAGGUGUACGCCGGCCCGAGGGUGAGCUCCGACAUGAGCUGCAGCGACAUGUCCCUGGACGAGAUGGACGCCGCGGUGAGGAGGAUGGAGUUCGUCGUCUUCGACCGGUGCGGCGUGGGCGAGGACGACGAGAAGGGCGGCGAUCCUGCCGUUCGCGGCGACGGCGGCGGGAGGCCGGAGGAGGACAGGCUCGGUUUCUGCAGGGACAGUUCGUCCGAGUGCAGCGAUGACGGUGCCUCCGGUCUCAUCUCCGGCAACCUCGUGGAGGAGCUCCCCUGGAUGAGGUACGAUUGCGAUAGCCUGGACGAUGAUGUUUCAGAAGAGCAGGUUCAGCAAGCAGAGGUUUCAGAGGGGCAAGAAGGUGAAGAUGAAGAAGGCAGAUCGAGCGAUAAUCACGAAGAGGAGGCGGAUGAAGAACAGAAACCGGAAGAAUCGAAGAUCAUCUCCGAUCUGCCCCGUGAAACGGGGAUCAUCGCGGAGCAAGAGGGUGCCGAUUGCAGAGUGGAGAUCUGCGAAGACAUCUCAAACACAACGGAUCAACAGGAGGCUUCCACAGUGCAAGAGACGCAACAUGAAGACGAUGAGGAGCGUGUCUCAGAUGUUGCCCACAAAAUGGAGGUCGCCGCGGCGCAAGCAUGUAUUGUUUGUGCAGCGGGGGUCUGCAAUGAGCAGGAAGAAGAAGAAGAUCAAGACAACAUCCUGGGCAAAGUGAUCCAAGGGGAUGCUUCUGAUGGACAGGGCACAUCAGAAGAGAAGCUCUCCAAUGGUGUCGAUGAGUCCGAGGAGAUUCCUGAGCAUGAACUAGACAUCCUGGGCAAAGUGAUCCAAGGGGAUACUUCUGAUGGACAAGGCACAUCAGAAGAACAGCUCUCCAGUGGUGUCUGUGAACCGGAGAUUCCUGAGAAUGAAGUAGCAGAAAGAGUGGAAAAUGUCCUCGAAGAGAGCCGGGUGGAUGAGAGUUCAGCAGAUCAAGAGGCAAAGGAUGAUCAGAGCAACGUGGAAUCUACCGGCAACUUGGAAGUUACAGAGAAGCAGGACAUGCCGGAUGAUGGGUCUGAAAUGGAGAUUUCUGAGACUGUCCCCAGUGUUGCAUGCGAAGAGGAUUUUGCCGAGGAAGAAGUAACCUCCAGAGCUGUUUCAGAAGGUGAAAUUUCUGACUGCAGUGCUAUUGCUUCUCUGGAUGCUGAAAUCUCGACACCACCAGCAGAGGGUGGCUUUGAACAAGAUGUGAACAUGGUGGAAGACGGUUUUGAACAGUAUGACGGUGCCGUGAACAAUUUGGUCGAUCAAUGUAUCCCUGCAGAAGACAAAGUGGAUGUCACAGAAGAUGCUCAGAAGGAAAUUGAGAUUACCUCAUGCAAUUUGGAAGAUGCUUCUGAAGAAUCUGGUACUGCCCAAGAAAGCAGCCAGGAAGUUAAUUUCAUAUGUGUUGAUGCUGCUGAGCAAAUGGAACCAGAGCCAGAGGUUACAAACUGCAAGUUGGAAGAUCCUUCUGAAGAAUCUGUUAUUGCCCAGGAAAGCAGUCAAGAUGUUAAGCCAGUAUGUGUUGAUGCUGCUGCUCAAAUGGAACCAGAGCCAGAGGUCGCAAAUUGCAAGUUGGAAGAUUCUUCUGAAGAAGAGUCUGGUAUUGCCCAAGAAAGCAGCCAAGAUGUUAAGCCUGUAUGUGUUGAUGCUGCUGCUCAAAUGGAACCAGAGCCAGAGGUUACAAAUUGCAAGUUGGAAGAUUCUUCUGAAGAAGAGUCUGGUAUUACAAAUGUUAAGCCUGUAUGUGUUGAUGCUGCUGCUCAGAUGGAACCAGAGACUACAAACUGCAACUUGGAAGAUGCUUCUGCAGCAGCUGGUAUCACUGGAGAAACUGUUCGUGAUGAUAGCUUGGUGUAUGUCUGCGAGGUUGCUCAAGUGCAAUCAGGGGUUGACACAAGCGAGUUGGUAGACACUUCUGAAGAGUCUGGUAUUGCUCAUGAAAUUUGUGCAGAUAACUCUGCAUCGUAUCUCAGAGAUGAUGCUCAAAGUGAUUCUGGGAUCGCCACAUGCGAUUCGGGAGAGGAAUCUGCUACCGUUCAGGAAGCUGAUCAGGAUCACAACUGUACAGAUGUCAAUGGUGGUUCUGCAAAUGAAUCCGCGCUUACCCCUUGUGAACUGGCAGAGGCUUCUGAAGCAUAUGAUAUUACCCAAGAGGCUAUUCAAGAUGACAGCAUUUCAGAUGUCAAUGAUGGUGCUCAAAAGGAAUCAGAAAUUAUAGCAUGCGGAUCAGAACAUGCUUGUGAAGAAUCUCAUAUUAUCCAAGAAGGGGGUGAAGAUGUUAACACUGCUUGUGAAGAACCUGAUAUUAUCCAAGAAGGGGGUGAAGAUGAUAAGACUGCUGGUGUCUGCGCUGGUGCUCUAAAAGAACCGGAGAUUAUCGCAUCCGAAUCGGGAGAUGCUUGUGAAGAAGUUUGUCAUACUGAGGAAGCUAAUCUCUUGACAGUUAUCCAGAUACCUGAGCACAACUCUGACUUCUCCGCUACUGACGGCCAUGGGGAGCCCCAGAACCAACCAGCAGAAGACAAUGUUGCAAAAGAAUUUUCCAUUGACGACAUGUGCAAUGUAUUCAGCGGGAUGAACCUCAAAGGCGAUGUAUAUGUUGAUCCUUCCGAGUCCGAUAUUUGUCCGAGAAACAGAAUGAUCAUUGCCAGGAGGAGGAGAACACCUGAAGAAGAUGAAUACAUGCGAGGCUUUAACCCAAGGGCACCGAAUUUUCUUCCUCUGGAAUCGGACCCGGAUGCAGAGAAGAUUGAUCUGAAGCAUCAGACGGCGGAGGAUCGCAAGAAUGCCGAAGAGUGGAUGAUCGACUACGCGCUUCGGAGGGCGGUGAAUAAUCUAGGCCCUGCUCGGAAGAAGAAAGUGGAGCUUCUGGUCCAGGCCUUUGAGACUGUCCUACCGCAGGAUGAGAAGAAAAGCAUUUCACCUACAAGGCCUGCCCAAGCUUGCAACUGAUAGUUCUAGAGUUAGUGGUUGAACUAAUCGCGGAGUAUGUUGACGACUCGCGAGCUACUAACUCGGUGGUCACUGCAAUAUUAGUGCCAGAGACCUGCUCCAAGUUGGACGAGAAAUAACUACUUACUUACUAGUCACCAGAGAUCGACCGAUCGUUCGUUUGCUAGAGAUCUCUGGUUAAAGUAACAUGGAGAGGGUAAACUACUCACUGAUGAAGAGUUUCCUGUCUAGUCUAGUUGCUGAGCUGCAAAGGAGUAGCUCAACAACCGAGCUCUGUGUGUGUAUAUAUGUGUCAUAGUCCUGAUGCUUGGUAUUCCUUUAUGUAUACUGAUGUGUCUGAUGUUUGUGAGAGUUGCAAAAUGUCAAGGGCGCUGAGGUGCUGCAUUGACUUGCCUGAGAUCAAUCAAUAAAACUCUUCUCGGAGUGCAUGUUUGCUGUGAGAAA